AUGAGCCUAUUGUCUCUUUGUGGGAAAAUUGAGAACCACUUGACUGAGCCCCUGAAUGAGGUUGCCCAAUCCAAAACAUUAAAGAGAAAUUUGUUCACAGACUGGGAUUGUAAGAUUAAGCCGGUUCUUCGAAACCUACUCAUCCCACUGAUCUUCGCAUUGGGAACCUCGGUGGAUCAGACCAAUCCAAGAGUGGUGGUGAAAUGGGAUACGCCAGAGGAUGGGUGGAGCAAGGUAAACUUUGAUGGUGCUUCUGCAGGAAAUCCAGGUCAAAGUGGUAUUAGUUGUAUUCUGAGGGACUCUGAUGCUCUCUCUAUAAAAGAAAUCUCUGAAAAGAUUGGUGUGGCUACUAAUAAUGAAGCGAAAUUCAGAGUGGCUUUAAAAGGUCUUAAGUUAGGGAAGGAGCUAGGGGUGCAGAGAAUUCAUUUGGAAGGAGAGUUAUUAAAUGUUAUUAAUGCAAUCCACUAUAAUAGCAUCCCUAGUUGGCGCCUUAACCAGUGGCUUCAACCAAUCCUGGCGUUGCUAUCUACCUUUGAUGAAUUUUGGGUUAGCCACAUCUACAGGGAAGCUAAUGGUGAAGCUGAUAGACUUUCUAAAUUGGCUAUAGCCGUGGGUGACCCCACUUGA